AUGAUGCUGGAAGAAACCGGCGACGGUCCAACCUCAUCCGGUACGCCUCUCUACGAAAAUGUAUCCGACGUGGGUGGUGCCAGCUCCAUGUCCCGGAAGAUCUCAUCAUCGAAACGACGCUGCCAUUCGACCGCAAUCCAGAUGCCACGUACAAAAGCCUCUCGCAUAAGCCUACCGCAUCAGACGGCAAGCAAUGCCAGUGACAACCCCAAUGACGAGUAA